AAGCUUUAUCACGUGUGGCCUUAAACUUGCUGCAAAUUGCAAAGAAAUGGCUCAAAGUCUCCAGCUCUUUCCGUACCCUGGGAGCUGAAACACAGGGCAGUGCCCUUGCCAGGGUGCCCAAUUCCCUCCAGACUGCCAGAAAAAAAAAAAAAAGAGGCCAACUGGAGAGGAGAAAGAGAAAGAUUGCCGUGGGGUGAGACCAGACCCUUGGUCUUUUCUGUCCUCUAAUCUGUUCUGUCUGUGCCCACCAGUUCUCUUGACUUGCCAGAACUGCUCAGAGCUGCUGUCGGGUGUUGCCUCAGUUGCCUCUUUCAGGCUGUGCCCUGGGAGUCAGCCUUUUGCUGAACUUUAUGAGAAGAACUGGCCAGCUUUGAUCUCCACCUCCAGCUUUGACAGGCUGGGAUAAGGAACGUUUUCGUAAUGGACACCUCAUCCAAGAAAAACGCCCAUUUGUUCCACAAAAACCCCUCGGGACCUGUCAGAAGGCAAUCCCUUAAAGCCGGGUGUCCAUCCCCAGAGGAAGCACGACCAUGCUGUGGCAAACUCAAGGUGUUCCUGGGUGCCUUGUCUUUUGUUUACUUUGCCAAAGCGUUGACAGAAGGCUAUUUGAAGAGCACCAUCACUCAGAUAGAGAGAAGGUUCGAUAUCCCUUCCUCUCUGGUGGGAGUAAUUGAUGGUAGUUUUGAAAUCGGGAAUCUCCUGGUCAUCACAUUUGUUAGUUACUUUGGCUCCAAACUUCACAGACCAAAAAUCAUCGGAGCAGGCUGCCUGGUCAUGGGGGUUGGAACACUGCUCACGGCGCUGCCACAGUUCUUCAUGGAGAAGUACAGCUAUGAGAAAUAUGAGAAGUAUUCUCCCUCUGCCAACCUCACUCCCAACAUCUCCCCAUGCCACCUGGAGUCCAGCAGUCUGCCACCAAGCUUAGCCACAGGGAAAUCACCAAACAAAAUGAAUGAUGAAUGCAAAGGGGAUGCCAGCUCCUCCAUGUGGGUUUAUGUCUUCCUGGGAAAUCUUCUGCGAGGAUUAGGGGAAACUCCCAUCCAACCCCUUGGCAUUGCCUAUCUGGAUGACUUUGCCAGUGAAGACAAUGCUGCUUUCUACAUUGGGUGUGUGCAGACAGUGGCAAUUAUAGGGCCCAUUUUUGGCUUCCUCUUGGGUUCAUUAUGUGCCAAACUGUAUGUUGAUAUUGGCUUUGUGAAUCUAGACCACAUAACCAUCACUCCAAAGGAUCCCCAGUGGGUUGGGGCCUGGUGGCUUGGUUACCUAAUAGCAGGGCUCCUAAGUCUCCUUGCAGCUGUUCCCUUCUGGUGCUUACCCAAGACGCUACCAAGAUCCCAAAGUAUAGAGGACUCUGGAUCCUCAUCUGAGAAGUCCAAGUUCAUUAUAGAUGACUCUAUUAACUACCAAAUGGCCCCUGGAGAAGAAACAAAAAUCAUGGAAAUGGCAAGAAAUUUUCUUCCAUCCCUGAAGACUCUUAUUAGAAAUCCAGUAUACAUCUUAUACCUGUGUGCAAGCACUGUUCAGUUCAAUUCUCUCUUUGGUAUGGUGACAUAUAAACCAAAGUACAUUGAGCAGCAGUAUGGGCAGUCAUCCUCCAAGACCAACUUUGUCAUUGGGCUUAUCAACAUCCCUGCAGUGGCCCUUGGAAUAUUCUCUGGGGGAAUAGUUAUGAAAAAAUUCAGGCUGGGAGUGCUUGAAGCUACAAAACUCUACUUGGGAUCAUCUGUCUUUGGCUACCUACUCUUCCUCUCUCUGUUUGCCCUGGGAUGUGAAAAUCCUGGUGUGGCUGGACUGACUGUGACCUACCAAGGAACCAAACCUGUUUCUUAUCAUGAACGAGCUCUCUUUUCAGAUUGCAACUCAAGAUGUAAAUGUUCAGAGUCAAAAUGGGAGCCCAUGUGUGGGGACAAUGGGAUCACAUAUGUGUCAGCAUGUCUUGCUGGUUGUCAAUCCUCCAGUCAGAGUGGAAAGAACAUUAUGUUUUCUAACUGCACUUGUGUGGGACUUGCAGCCCCUAAGUCAGGAAACUGGUCAGGCAUGAUGGGCAGGUGUCAGAAAGAUAACGAAUGUCCCCAAAUGUUUCUGUAUUUCCUUGUGAUUUCAGUCAUCACGUCAUAUACCUUAUCUCUAGGUGGCAUACCUGGGUAUAUAUUACUCCUGAGGUGCAUUCAACCACAUCUUAAGUCUUUUGCUCUGGGAAUCUACACCUUAGCAGUGAGAGUUCUUGGUUUCAUUUGUUUGAGUGUCCACCAGAUUCCAAGCUGGUGUCACCAUUUGGAAGGUUGAGGUAUCUUUAGGAGGUGAGACCUAGCUGGAGGAGGAAAUCUCAGAUAGGGGUGGGGUGAGGCUUGCGGUCUGUAACUUGGCAACUUCUAACUGUAGUUUUCCAUGCUUCCUGCUCUAGCCAUUUACCAAGCAUGCCCCUGCUGCAUGGGCCAAGCAUUUUGGCGUGCUUUCCCUACCAUGGUUUAUUCAAAUACCUUGAACUAUGUGCCCAAAAUAAACCCUUCCUUUGUUAGCUGUGAAAAUGUUGGAGACUCAUAAACAACAGAAGCAAUGAUGCAAAAAGGAUGGCCAUCUUUUUGCAAUACAUAAAAAGAAAUGAAGCUGUAAACGCCUUUUAAUCCUGUCAUUAUGCUUGUGUUAAAACUUGAUUGUGAGAGUUUACCUUUUCUUCACAGGAUUGUGCCCUCACUAAUCAGUUACUGAGAAAUGAUGAGCAUUGUAGCAUGAAUAAGAAAGGAACUGCCUGUGCCUGCAUAGUUUGGAUUUAGCAUAAAACACAGUUAAACAAACAAGCUGUUCUGAGAACAUUAAGGGUUGGUGAAAGGGACUGAGCUGUGUGCUAGUGAGCAGAAUUAAUACAUUUUAGGCCAUUGGAAUGACCCUUUCUGAAGGGAAUUAUUUGAACUGAGAUACAACUGGUAUGUGAGCAUUAAAAAGAGGGAGGU